CGGUGCCAGUGUGAGAAAUGUGUCCACAUGGAAAGAUAUGGAGUGAAAGAGUAAGAAAGAGUGACAUGACAGAGACAAGGCCACACAGAUAAGUGAAACGGAGAGAGAGAGAGAGAGAAAGAGAGAGAGCGAGAGAAGAGAGAGAGAGAGAGAGAGAGAGAGAAAGAAAGAGAGAGAGAGAAAGAGAGAGGGAGGGGUGGGGAUUCAAGGAGAGAGCGAGGCGUACUCAGACUGAGAGUCUGAAUCUGAGAGGAAGAAAACUGAACUGAGGGUUCACUGUUAUUUCCCUGCCAUACAAUUAUCCUCUACAGAAAGGAUUUAUCUUUUAGUUUUUUUACUCUCACACUGGAUUUUAUGGACCUUGGACUACAGAGAAGAAGAAGAGAAGAAGAACAAUACUCAUAUCUUUUUUUUUUUUUUUACUUUGUGAGGAUCUAAACAGAUCUUCAAGAUUUACAACUAAUUCAUAGUUCUGAUAAAGUCAGCUGUGUGGGGAUACUGGUUUGCCUUUGAAAUGGGGUCUUUGAAGGAGCUACUUGUUCUUGGAUUAUUGAGUAUGCUGGGGCACUGUCGAUCCUGUGGCGAGGGAUUAAAGAUAGAAGACAAUGUUUGUGUUGGUAAUAAUCUGCCAUGAUCUCAAAUGUUAACCAUCGCUCUCCACUGUCUUGCUUCUGUCCACCAAUGCCUUUAUUGUUUCUUCUACUCAAGACAACAGCUCUCAGAAAGAAAUGGCAUUUUAGCACCGCUCACAUCCAGAGUGGAUUGCAAAGAAAACAACAGUAGAAGAAGUUUAAAUUCCUUACGAUUUCAAGCAGCUACCAAAAAGAAAUACAACGGACUGAGGAGCUAAAACUAAAGAUUGCUUAAAAUCAAAAUGACAAGUUUACUAUCUACUGACAAGAGUAUGUUAUUGUUUAUUGACUUGUGAGAUUUAUCGCUGUAAUUGUAUUCUCUUUGCUUUAUGUAUUUUUUAUCCCAAUCCAGAUAUGGAUGAGUGCAAUGACACCCCAGGACCAUGUGGGAAACACACAAAGUGUUUCAACACAUAUGGGAGCUUCUACUGUCAGUGUUUGCCGGGCUACAAAAACAUUAAAUUGCAGGUUAACUUCACGCUAGAUGGACAAUGCCAAGAUGUCAACGAGUGCACCGAUACGAUCAAUGUCUGCGAUCACGCUGCUUAUUGUACUAAUCUGAUUGGGAACUACACGUGCACCUGCCAUUCAGGGUACACCAAGAAUAGCAGUGCCCGUGGAAAGUGCACAGACAUAGAUGAAUGCAAGGAAGCUAACAUGGAAGAAGACCUCUGUGGAGUCAAAGGGACUUGUACCAACAGUAAUGGGAGUUACUGGUGCAACUGUUCAAACGGUUACACCAACUAUGGCAACACAAAGACGUCAUGCUCACCACUCGACUGUGACCACUUCAAUGGAGACGGUGGGCCUGCAUCGUCGCUCGGAGGCCUGGCAGACAUUUUGUCCAUGAUGAGAAGCAGCUGUUUGGCUUUGUCUAACCCAAGUGCCGAUAGUGAAGUGAAGACUGAUGGAGAGACGCUACUGGAGAAACUCUUAACAGCGGCCGAGGCCAUCCUGUCCCCCGAUCACAUCGACAGCAGUGAAGAAGUGAGCGGACUGCUCGCGACGAUGGAGGAAGCUAUUAUGCUCAUUGGGCCACAGCUGAAAGACAACCAUACCAAGAAAGAGACCACUGAGACAGAGGCAGCGAUUGCAGUGCAAAGGGGAACGACUCCACCCACCGGACCGAUCCAUCUGACCAAUGAGAAUGCUACACUCGACACUGACUGGACAACAGCAUCAGGGAUAGAAUCAUACCCUGGUUUUGCUCUGGCUGCGUUGUUGAGCUACAAGAAUCUUGAGAUAUCUGUUAACCGGUCUUUUGAGAGUAUCAAAGGACCUAAAAAAGAUGGCGUGAAUCCCUCCUUUCAGAUCUCCUCUCGAGUUGUGUCUGUCGUGGUCUCUAAUCCAUCCACUCAGAACCUGGACCGCCCUGUCAACAUCACCCUCAGACAUCUACAGGACACAGAGGAGUCGGCUGAGGUGAGAUACAUCUGUGCGUACUGGAAUAAGAAAGGGACCUGGUCCACAGAUGGUUUUUAUCAACAGCACUCUAAUGCAACACACACUGUGUGUACAAGUAAACAUCUGAGCAGCUUCGCUGUGCUCAUGGCACUCUACCCCAUCGAGCACACCUUUGGGCUCCAGGUGGUGACCAAGAUAGGGCUGACCAUCUCCCUGCUGUGCCUCAUACUUUGCAUCCUGACAUUCAAGUUCUGCCGCUGCAUACAAGGGACCCGCACCACCAUCCACCUGCACCUCUGUAUCUGCCUCUUCAUAGCUGACCUCUUCUUUCUGGCUGGCAUUUCACAAACUAAACCUGUGGGCGGCUGCAGGUUUGUCGCAGCUAUGCUCCAUUUCUUCUUCAUGGGUGUGUUUGCCUGGAUGCUGUUAGAAGGAGUGCAGCUGUACCGUAUGGUGGUCCUGGUGUUCAACGCCUCCAUUCGGCCCCUGUACUUAUACCUCACUGGUUAUGGGACACCCCUUGUUAUCGUCAUUAUAUCUGCCAUCAUUAGACCACACGGCUAUGGCACUGCCCAACACUGCUGGCUGUCCCUAGAAAAAGGCCUCAUCUGGAGCUUCUACGGCCCUGUGUGCUUCAUCAUCUUCCUGAACGUCUUCUUUUUCAUUGUCACCGUCUGGAAGCUCGCGCAGAAGUUCACCAGCCUCAACCCAGACCUCUCCCAACUGCACAAAAUUAGAGCUUUCACAGUGACAGCUAUCGCCCAGAUGUGCAUACUGGGUCUCAUGUGGGUGUUUGGAGCCUUCCUGUUUCAAGAGGGCUCCACAGUGCUAGCAUACAUCUUCACUAUCCUCAACAGCCUGCAGGGAGCGCUGGUCUUCAUCAUGCACUGCCUCCUGUCUAAACAGGUGAGAGAGGAGUACGCCCACUUCCUGUCCUGUAUCUGCACACCACAGAAGAAGAGAUACUCGGACUUCACCAGUACCAAUCCCUCCAGUAGUCAGUCUCAAGGUUCUCGGAGUGGGCAGCACACCGGAGAAUCCCAAAUAUGAAGCGCUUCAUCUUUUACUUUAGUAAAACCUCACACCUUUAACCCUAUCUGGGCUAAGUUAACCCUGAUUUUAAAGGUUUGGAUCACUUCAAAUAAACGCCUAGUCAUUAUUUAGCUGUCAUGUCAAUUGAAACUGUGUUUUACCUUUGUUGUACCACAACACCAAUUGUUUAAUAGUACAACUAAUCAGAGUAAUCAAGAUAAGUCUGAGGGCAAUUGGCCCCAAUAGUUACAUCUCAGGCCUUUCAGACCCUAAUGAAGUUAAAGGGACCACAUUCAAAAACCGUAAACCUGAAUCCAGCGAUAUGAUUAGCAUCGUCUGCCAAUCAAUUGCAUUAUGGGUCAGAAAGUAGUCCUUUGAAUGGGUCAUUUUUGUCACAGCAGGCAAUGACUUCUGAUUAUUCAGGAACUCUUUAAGUGUAAGUGAAGACAUUUCAGUAUCAUAUCGGUUCAUCCAAAACAUAUCACAAUCAUACUAUAAGCUGUAUUACCUUUAGAGCGAUUACAAGUAGAACAUACAUACUGUAGACUGAUAUAGACUAUUUAUUUUCAAGUGCAGACUAUAAAGUCUACAUUAUGUAGGCUACAAGAAAAUAUGAGUGAUGCUUUUUAUGUUUAAAGCAUGAGCAAUCAGUUUGCGCUGGAUUUUUCUAAAUGUUUUAUGUAAAAAAUAAGGGUGGGUGUGCCUUUUGUUCAAGGGAAAUACCAAUCAGAAUAUCUGUUUCCAUAUCUGUUACAAUACAUACAGCAUGUUGUUAACAUACUGUAUGUUGUAACGGCAAAGAAACUGACUGAUGAUGCAAAUGUCCCACGACAUGCCUCUGAUGUUCCCUUCAUGUUCCUGCAAAUCCCACGUGGGCUUGUAUAAGGAUUUAUGUCUGUUGUUUCUUGAUUUUAAACAAAGUAAGUGAUUUUUUUUUUUUAUCACUUGUGGCUUUUAAAAAAAUAAAUAUUUCUUGAAUAGCUAUUACGCUGGGAGCUUUUAUCACUGGUGCAUAUGAAGAUACAUAUUCUUUCUUUUUAAUGAGCAAACUAAAAAACAAAUCCAACAUAAAGUCCCUUGAGAAGUGCACAAACAGGGACCCACCCUUCGGAUAAGCCUGUAGCUUCCUGCAAUCAAACUGUGUUUAUGGAAUUAACUUCCAUUUUGUUGUCAUGUUUUCUUAUUAUAGCUAUAGCCUACAGUAUACACAUUGUUAGUGACUGUAAGGUAUCACAUCCCUGAAAUGAGAACUGCAGCUGUUUUGAUAAGGUCUAAAUGUGGGAGUUGUACAGACCUGUGUUUGUUCAUGUUAUUGCACUUUUCAAUUGUAAAUCUGAUAAUCCAGCACAUCUUCACAUGGUGCAUGUGAUAAUCAAGAAGACUUGAGGACCAGCCUCACCUCCAGAACCUGAACAGUUUACUUGUUGUAAUAAAGCUGUCAAUUAUAUAUUUUUAUAUUUUCUACUUCAUAGAAAUUCAUCAGAGACAAACGAGAAAAUAAAUUGGGAAUCUUAAUCAAUCUUUUUAUGUGAUUGGUUUGAUCCCGUACCUUUUGUUUAUAUUUAAAUUGGUUCUCCCUUUCUCACCUACGAGCCUGGUUAAGACCAUGUAUGUGUUGGUUUUAACAACUAAACUAUUUUUAGGUUCUUACGUGUAGCUGCACUUUUUAUGAUCAUCGAUACCUUUUAUUCAUGCAUUGUAACAUUUAUUUUUAUGUGAAAAAGCUAAGUGCAUUAUGCAGCAUUUUGUGAAUGUAAGAUUCUUAUUAUUAGAAUAGGAGUUCUAGUUUGAAGGUAUAUGAACUUAUUUUUCUACUUUGUUUUGUAUGUUGUUUGGUAUUGUUUUCUUUAGAAUAUGCAACACAAGUUUUAUUAAAGCUUCUAUUUCAUCGGAAAAA